ACCAGAUAUUGAGAUCACUGGCUUUUUGGAUACCUUGUGUUGGCUGCAUUUCUUGUAUAUUUGGAUACCAUGUGUUGGCUCCGUUGGAUACCUUGUGUUGGCUACAAUUCUUGUAGAAUGUUUUCUACUGAAUCAUACUUUAAGUACUUUGAAUUGUACUUUGGCUUGCAUUGAGGGAUAAAAAGGGGGCUUUUAUAGUUUAUUUUUGAAAUAAACCAAGAAGUUGAGUGUGCCUCUGUGGCCAUUUCCAGCCAUAUAACCAUGUAAGCAGGGGUAGAAAUAUUUCUGUCAUGGCUCAUUCAAAGACUAGGACCAAUGAUGGAAAAAUUACAUAUCCUCCUGGGGUCAAGGAAAUCUCAGAUAAAAUAUCUAAAGAGGAGAUGGUGAGACGAUUAAAGAUGGUUGUGAAAACUUUUAUGGAUAUGGACCAGGACUCUGAAGAAGAAAAGGAGCUUUAUUUAAACCUAGCUUUACAUCUUGCUUCAGAUUUUUUUCUCAAGCAUCCUGAUAAAGAUGUUCGCUUACUGGUAGCCUGCUGCCUUGCUGAUAUUUUCAGGAUUUAUGCUCCUGAAGCUCCUUACACAUCCCCUGAUAAACUAAAGGAUAUAUUUAUGUUUAUAACAAGACAGUUGAAGGGGCUAGAGGAUACAAAGAGCCCACAAUUCAAUAGGUAUUUUUAUUUACUUGAGAACAUUGCUUGGGUCAAGUCAUAUAACAUAUGCUUUGAGUUAGAAGAUAGCAAUGAAAUUUUCACCCAGCUAUACAGAACCUUAUUUUCAGUUAUAAACAAUGGCCACAAUCAGAAAGUCCAUAUGCACAUGGUAGACCUUAUGAGCUCUAUUAUUUGUGAAGGUGAUACAGUGUCUCAGGAGCUUUUGGAUACAGUUUUAGUAAAUCUGGUACCUGCUCAUAAGAAUUUAAACAAGCAAGCAUAUGAUUUGGCAAAGGCUUUACUGAAGAGGACAGCUCAAGCUAUUGAGCCAUAUAUUACCAAUUUUUUUAAUCAGGUUCUGAUGCUUGGGAAAACAUCUAUCAGCGAUUUGUCAGAGCAUGUCUUUGACUUAAUUUUGGAGCUCUACAAUAUUGAUAGUCAUUUGCUGCUCUCUGUUUUACCCCAGCUUGAAUUUAAAUUAAAGAGCAAUGAUAAUGAGGAGCGCCUACAAGUUGUUAAACUACUGGCAAAAAUGUUUGGGGCAAAGGAUUCAGAAUUGGCUUCUCAAAACAAGCCACUUUGGCAGUGCUACUUGGGCAGGUUUAAUGAUAUCCAUGUACCAAUCCGCCUGGAAUGUGUGAAAUUUGCUAGCCAUUGUCUCAUGAACCAUCCUGAUUUAGCAAAGGACUUAACAGAGUAUCUUAAAGUGAGGUCACAUGACCCUGAGGAAGCUAUUAGACAUGAUGUUAUUGUGUCAAUAGUUACAGCUGCUAAAAAGGAUAUUCUUCUGGUCAAUGAUCACUUACUUAAUUUUGUGAGAGAGAGAACAUUAGACAAACGAUGGAGAGUACGCAAAGAAGCCAUGAUGGGACUUGCCCAAAUUUAUAAGAAAUAUGCUUUACAAUCAGCAGCUGGAAAAGAUGCCGCAAAACAGAUAGCAUGGAUCAAAGACAAAUUGCUACAUAUAUAUUAUCAAAAUAGUAUUGAUGAUCGACUACUUGUUGAACGGAUCUUUGCUCAAUACAUGGUUCCUCACAAUUUAGAAACUACAGAACGGAUGAAAUGCUUAUAUUACUUGUAUGCCACACUGGAUUUAAAUGCUGUGAAAGCAUUGAAUGAAAUGUGGAAAUGUCAAAAUCUGCUCCGACAUCAAGUAAAGGAUUUGCUUGACUUGAUUAAGCAACCCAAAACAGAUGCCAGUGUCAAGGCCAUAUUUUCAAAAGUGAUGGUUAUUACAAGAAAUUUACCCGAUCCUGGUAAGGCUCAGGAUUUCAUGAAGAAAUUCACACAGGUGUUAGAAGAUGAUGAGAAAAUAAGAAAGCAGUUAGAAGUACUUGUUAGUCCAACAUGCUCCUGCAAGCAGGCUGAAGGUUGUGUGCGUGAAAUAACUAAGAAGUUGGGCAACCCCAAACAGCCUACAAAUCCUUUCCUGGAAAUGAUCAAGUUUCUCUUGGAGAGGAUAGCACCUGUGCACAUAGAUACCGAAUCUAUCAGUGCUCUUAUUAAACAAGUGAACAAAUCAAUAGAUGGAACAGCAGAUGAUGAAGAUGAGGGUGUUCCAACUGAUCAAGCCAUCAGAGCAGGUCUUGAACUGCUUAAGGUACUCUCAUUUACACAUCCCAUCUCAUUUCAUUCUGCUGAAACAUUUGAAUCAUUACUGGCUUGUCUGAAAAUGGAUGAUGAAAAAGUAGCAGAAGCUGCACUACAAAUUUUCAAAAAUACAGGAAGCAAAAUUGAAGAGGAUUUUCCACACAUCAGAUCAGCCUUGCUUCCUGUUUUACAUCACAAAUCUAAAAAAGGACCCCCCCGUCAAGCCAAAUAUGCCAUUCAUUGUAUCCAUGCGAUAUUUUCUAGUAAAGAGACCCAGUUUGCACAGAUAUUUGAGCCUCUGCAUAAGAGCCUAGAUCCAAGCAACCUGGAACAUCUCAUAACACCAUUGGUUACUAUUGGUCAUAUUGCUCUCCUUGCACCUGAUCAAUUUGCUGCUCCUUUGAAAUCUUUGGUAGCUACUUUCAUUGUGAAAGAUCUUCUCAUGAAUGAUCGGCUUCCAGGGAAAAAGACAACUAAACUUUGGGUUCCAGAUGAAGAAGUAUCUCCUGAGACAAUGGUCAAAAUUCAGGCUAUUAAAAUGAUGGUUCGAUGGCUACUUGGAAUGAAAAAUAAUCACAGUAAAUCAGGAACUUCUACCUUAAGAUUGCUAACAACAAUAUUGCAUAGUGAUGGAGACUUGACAGAACAGGGGAAAAUUAGUAAACCAGAUAUGUCACGUCUGAGACUUGCUGCUGGGAGUGCUAUUGUGAAGCUGGCACAAGAACCCUGUUACCAUGAAAUCAUCACAUUAGAACAAUAUCAGCUAUGCGCAUUAGCUAUCAACGAUGAAUGCUAUCAAGUAAGACAAGUGUUUGCCCAGAAACUUCACAAAGGCCUUUCCCGUUUACGGCUUCCACUUGAGUAUAUGGCAAUCUGUGCCCUUUGUGCAAAAGAUCCUGUAAAGGAGAGAAGAGCUCAUGCUAGGCAAUGUUUGGUGAAAAAUAUAAAUGUAAGGCGGGAGUAUCUGAAGCAGCAUGCAGCUGUUAGUGAAAAAUUAUUGUCUCUUCUACCAGAGUAUGUUGUUCCAUAUACAAUUCACCUUUUGGCACAUGACCCAGAUUAUGUCAAAGUACAGGAUAUUGAACAACUUAAAGAUGUUAAAGAAUGUCUUUGGUUUGUUCUGGAAAUAUUAAUGGCUAAAAAUGAAAAUAACAGUCAUGCAUUUAUCAGAAAGAUGGUAGAAAAUAUUAAACAAACAAAAGAUGCCCAAGGACCAGAUGAUGCAAAAAUGAAUGAAAAACUGUACACCGUGUGUGAUGUUGCCAUGAAUAUCAUCAUGUCAAAGAGUACUACAUACAGUUUGGAAUCUCCUAAAGACCCAGUACUACCAGCUCGUUUCUUCACUCAACCUGACAAGAAUUUCAGUAACACCAAAAAUUAUCUGCCUCCUGAAAUGAAAUCAUUUUUCACUCCUGGAAAACCUAAAACAACCAAUGUUCUAGGAGCUGUUAACAAGCCACUUUCAUCAGCAGGCAAACAAUCUCAGACCAAAUCAUCACGAAUGGAAACUGUAAGCAAUGCAAGCAGCAGCUCAAAUCCAAGCUCUCCUGGAAGAAUAAAGGGAAGGCUUGAUAGUUCUGAAAUGGAUCACAGUGAAAAUGAAGAUUACACAAUGUCCUCACCUUUGCCGGGGAAAAAAAGCGACAAGAGAGACGACUCUGAUCUUUCUGAAUUGGAGAAACCUAGAGGCAGGAAAAAAACACCAGUCACAGAACAGGAGGAGAAAUUAGGUAUGGAUGACUUGACUAAGUUGGUACAGGAACAGAAACCUAAAGGCAGUCAGCGAAGUCGGAAGAGAGGCCAUACGGCUUCAGAAUCAGAUGAACAGCAGUGGCCUGAGGAAAAGAGGCUCAAAGAAGACAUAUUAGAAAAUGAAGAUGAACAGAAUAGUCCGCCAAAAAAGGGUAAGAGAGGCCGACCACCAAAACCUCUUGGUGGAGGUACACCAAAAGAAGAGCCAACAAUGAAAACUUCUAAAAAAGGAAGCAAAAAAAAAUCUGGACCUCCAGCACCAGAGGAGGAGGAAGAAGAAGAAAGACAAAGUGGAAAUACAGAACAGAAGUCCAAAAGCAAACAGCACCGAGUGUCAAGGAGAGCACAGCAGAGCAGAGCAGAAUCUCCUGAAUCUAGUGCAAUUGAAUCCACACAGUCCACACCACAGAAAGGACGAGGAAGACCAUCAAAAACGCCAUCACCAUCACAACCAAAAAAAAAUGUCCGUGUAGGACGCUCCAAACAAGCAGCUACUAAGGAAAAUGAUUCAAGUGAAGAAGUAGAUGUGUUUCAGGGUAGCUCUCCUGUCGAUGAUAUUCCACAGGAAGAAACAGAGGAGGAGGAAGUUUCUACAGUAAAUGUACGGCGGCGAAGUGCUAAAAGGGAACGGCGAUGAACAAAUGUAAUUAAUAACUUUCCCUGUGAAAGCUUUGGAAAAAUCCUUCUUUUUUUUUUUUUUGUCAAGCUUGAGGCUGAAUAAAGCCUUUGAUGCACAAAAUGGGACUGCUGAAGAGUGGACAGUUGGACCUUACUUUGGUGACCCCAUACAUUUGUGGUCACAUGCUUUAGCCAUACGCAUGAUAACAUUGACUGCGGAGUCUUGUGAAAGUGUAAUGUGCGAUGGCUAUGUAGACAUAAAGAAGAAACUUGUAAAUAUCUUUUUUCUUUUUUUAAUGUUUCUGACUUCUGAAGUGCUUGUAUAGCUUUUAUCUGCGGCUUUAAACUGACAGUACCCAACUGUUUAUUGGAUCUAUUGAUUUGAAAAGAAUUUGUUGGGAUAGAUCUUAAGCAGUAAUCUGUCAGUGUUUGUAUUUGUAUUCUCUGCAAUUUUACUGUGAAAAAAAUUUGUUUUCAACAAUUAGUGUCAUUUUCUUGAUGUCACUAUUUGUUGGAGAGUUAAAUGGUCUCUUCCCUUUGUGUAUCUUACCUAGUGUUUACUCCUGGGCACCCUUAAUCUUCAGAGGUGCUAAAUUGUCUGCCAUUACACCAGAAUGAUGCCUCUGAUAGGAGGACAACCAUGCAAAUUGUGAAAUAGUCCUGAAGUUCUUGGAUUACUUUACACCUCAGUAUUGAUUUGUCCCAGAAUUUUCUGGCCUUUCAUGGCAAUGAAAAUUUUAAGAAGAAAGAUUUAAAGUAUUUUAAUUUUAAAGAGUGUGUUAUAAAAUAAUGUACUGAAUUCUUUAUCCCAUUUUAUCAUCCUUUCAGUUUUUAUUAAUCUACUGUAUCAAUAAAAUUCUGUAAUUUGAAUGA